GCUGUUUCCCCAACCCCCAUAUGCCUCUUUCUCUCUCUCUGUGUGUGUGUGUAUAUAUGUACUUGUCAAACAAUUCAAUUCAUUGCUAUCGUCUCAGGCAGAAACACACACAGAGACACAUGCACAAACGCACACGUAAACGCAGGCACGUCGGCAUGGCUAAGAGGAUAGGUGGGGCUAAUGGUGGCAAGAGAUCUGAUCUCAACAGAGGCGCAUGGACAGCCGAUGAAGACGCGAAACUAGCGCAAUACGUCGAGAUACACGGCCCCAAGAGGUGGAAAUCUGUGGCCGUCAAGUCAGGGUUGAACAGGUGUGGAAAGAGUUGCAGGUUGAGAUGGUUGAACUAUCUUAGACCUGAUAUCAUGAGAGGCAACAUUUCUGAUGCUGAAGAGGAUUUGAUCCUUAGGCUUCAUAGGCUUCAGGAAAUAGGUAAAAGGUGGUCGUUGAUCGCGAGAAGGCUGCCAGGGCGAACGGAUAAUGAGAUCAAGAACUACUGGAACGCUCAUCUCAGAAAGAAAGCUAAUCUGAUGGAGAAAUUACCAGCAACAUCAAUAGCAGUUGUGGGGAAGAAUUGGAAAGACAAUGAGGGAAUGAGCAGUGUGAAAGAAACAGAAGCAAGUGGAGAUGAUGAGAAUGGAGUGAGGGAUGAUGAAGUCUUCGAUUUCUCAACUCAAGAAACCUAUGGGUUGGAGUGGGUCAAAACUUUUCUUGAGCUUGAAGAAGAUUCUUGAUUCUUGGAUGCAUGAUCUUCAGCUUGUCUACCAAUUAAACACUCACUAGUAAAAGAAAGGGUACUGACGUGACAUAUUGAAAAUGAGCAAUUUACUUAUUUAUAAAAA